AUGCAGCCACUUGAUGGGUAUGAAGUGCUUAACAAGAUUGGUCAAGGAGGCUUUUCUUCUGUUUAUCGUGCAAUACACAAGCUUACACAUAUUCCCGUUGCUAUAAAAGUUCUUAGAAAGAAUCCUCUUGAAGAUCCAACUCAAGAUCAAAUUGUCAAGCGUGAAAUUGAAAUUCUCAAAAGAGUUAGGCAUCCAUUUGUAUGUUAG